AUGGAGGUUGCCAUGUUUUCUCCUGCUCGGAUGAUGACGCGGUUUGCCACUGGAACCGUGUCCUGUCUUCACAACCAGGACUGCAUUUUACCAUGUCGGAUCGAUGACGGGAUCGACUCCAUCACAUGGAAACAGGAUCAGAUCUCUAGAGGAAACGGUGAUCUGCUGCUGAGAGGAGUGAAGGUUGAUGAUGAGAGAAAAUAUUUGUGUAUUGCAAAUAUAAAUGGCACCUAUGACGGACAUUUUGUUGACCUUACAGUAGAAGCUCCAGUUUCUGACAUCAGGAUCCAUCAGGAUGGAAACAGGAUCACCUGCAGCUCAGAGGGGAUCUACCCUCAACCUGAACUCACCUGGUCCACUGAGCCUCCAUCCAACACGGCUCUGAAUGAAACUACCAGGAUCCAUCAGACUGAAGAUCAGCUUUAUGACAUCAGCAGCUCUCUGACGGGUCCAGAUCUGAUCUACAGCUGCAGCAUCAGAACCAGGAGGAACCAGAGGAGAGCAACUUUAGAUAUUCCAGUCUCUGUGGGUUUCUCAGGUUCUCAGGUCUCAAUCUGCUGCUCUUCCUUCAACAUUUCUGCCUCCAGUUUGGUCUGGAGGUUCAACCACAUUCAGAUCAUCCUGACCAAGACUGACAGAAACAUCUACAACGUCUCAGAGGACUGGAGGAAACAUGUGAGGGACGUUUCAGCGUCCGGCAGCCUCACGUUACAGGAUCUGACCUCAGAUCAGGAGGGAGUUUACAGCUGUGAGCUCAGUGACGAUGAGGAGACCAUUAUAACUCAGCUCUAUCUGAGGAGGACUGGAGAGAAUCUGGUGGUUUCUGAACUCAUCAGACGGACGGUGGUUUGUGUUGUGAUUGCAGCAGCAGCAGCUGCUGGAUUCAUGAUGCUCUACAAGAAGAAAGUGGAGGAAAGUGAAGCUCUGCAGCUUUAAA